AAACUAACGUUGUCAUCAGAGAGAAUCGUCAGUGCUUUGCAUGCGACCAAGAUAAAUUAUUUUUUGUAUUUAUUUUAAUACCUAUUAUCUUUUGAAUAAUGUCAGACGCCGGGUCCGUGGAUUUUGACGAUGAACAGGGGUACCUUGGUGAGUACGAGGGGGAGCGUAACGAGGUGGGAGAGCGGCACGGAGUCGGGAGAGCCGUCCUGCCCAACGGAGACACGUACCAGGGAAACUACGAGAACGGCAAGAGAUCGGGACAGGGUACCUACCGCUUCAAGAAUGGCGCUCGCUACAUCGGAGAGUACAACCAAAACCUGAAGCACGGCCACGGAGUCUUCUACUACCCCGAUGGAUCCAAAUACGAGGGCAGCUGGGUGGAUGAUCUUCGUCAGGGCCACGGUGUCUACAGCUACCCCAACGGAGACACUUUCACUGGGGACUGGCUACGCCACCAGAGGCAUGGUCAGGGUGUGUAUGUCUUCAAGUCUUCUGGUUCUCAGUAUUGCGGCUCCUCU